GUAUUAUUUAUAAUUGUAUUGUAAUUAUUUCUUGUAACUCCAAUAGUGACUGUCAUAAUAGCAACAGCGAUUUUAUACGUCGAGCCAUCUUAUAGUGUCUAGUUUUUGGGCAGCAGCUUUUGUUGGACAUAACGGUUAGAAGAUUUAAAGAUUUCAAAUUUUUGGACAACGUAAAAUGUAAUACUUAUAGCUUAAGACUUGUAUUAUCAUAAUUUUACUGCUGUUUAUAAAUAUUUAGGUACCUACCUAUUUAUAAUUAUUUACAAGUACGUAGUAUAUUGUCUCGAUUUUAUAAAUUAUACGGCUACUAAGAUUAUUAUUACCAAAACUGUUGUUUCUAAUUCUAGUUUUCUAAUCCUGCUAAUGUUGUACGAAUAACCAUGUAUAUCGGACAGGAUACGAAUAUUUAGAUAGACAUCAAUCAAAUAAAUAUUAACUACUGGGGCAAUUUUUUUUCGGUACGGCAACUAUAACUAUAAUACAACAUUUAUAGUAAUUUCAACCAUUUCAACUUUAUGUUGUAAAUCAUUAACAAUAAUGUGAGUGGCACGGUUAUUUCUGAUAGGUUUCCAUUUAGGUAUAGGGAUUACUACGUGUUGUGUCUGCAGCCUUUGUGGAUUAUUGUUUUGUUUUAUUGCAACUGAAAUAUUACUCGGAUACAAAACUAUGAAGGAGCUCGCAAACAAUAUCAUUUUUUGCUGUUCAAUAAAAACAGUACAUUAAGGAAAAAAAACAAACAAUUAAACAGUUUUGAGACAUUGACGAUCGAAAUUAGUAAUUAAUCAAUGCUAAUCAUUCUGUGCAAGCGGCUCUAGCUGAUUGUGACCCCCUAGGCACUUGCCUGCUAUACAUAAUGGUUAAUCCGACACAGAUAUUAAGGCAUUUAUCAACUAAGCAUUUGUCAAAUUAAUUUGUUUAUCAAGUCGUCAUGGUUUCCAUGUCGUCCAUUGAAUAUGCCUCGAUUGACGUAACAUCUUCUGUAUUACUACAGAAUAUUUAUUUACACUUUACUACAUAAUAUACCAAAAUGACGUAAAAUAACAAAAGAUUUACUUUAAUUAAGUAUGAUAUCAUUAUUUCAUUUAUUUCAUAUAACUACAAAUUUACAUUUAAUUGAAAAAAAUAAGAUAAUAUAAGAAACAAUUCCGACAAAUUUGUCGUAUAAUGAAACGUUCUUUUGUAAAAUUAAAAGUGCUAAGAGCCAGCGACUUGCAAAUAUUUAUGUGAGUAGAAUCAUCUUUUUAAAAAAUAGGUGCUUACUUUAUCAUAUAACAUGGAUAAAAAAAAGAAACGCGGAUCCAAUUAUACAAUGGCGGAGAAAGAGCUUCUCCUACAGCUGAUAAAAAAAUAUCAUCAUAUUUUGGAAAACAAACAAACCAGCGUUAUCUUGAAUUUUAAGAAGCGUGAAGCUUGGGAUUCUGUUUGUCAGCAGUACAAUACUGUUGCUGGAAGCGGCUUCAGGACUUGGAGACAACUCCGUCAUCUUUAUGAGAAUCUCAAACAGAGGGCGAAAAAGAAUAUUGCCAAAGAAAAUCGACUUCGUUUCAAUGAAAACACUGAUGUAAAACAUAUCGAAAUAAAAGUAUCGGCAGAUGAGUUGGCAGAAUUCCAAGCUGAUGAAGAAGAAGAAUUUGGAGCAGCAGCCAGAGCAAAUACUUCACGCAUGGACAGCAGCAACCCUGAUAGGACCACUAGUACACCUAGAAGGACUACCUUGAGGGUAGCUGCUUCGGCUCCACCACCCUUGCCUCCUAGUGCCCACCCCAUGAUGUGGCCUGAAGAACUCACUCCCCGGAUCAGACCUGGAGUCAAUGCCGAUGAGUGCCAGAUAUUCGGCGACUUUGUAGCCUCAGAACUAAGAACCCUACGGUCAGAUGAGUCCAGGAAGAAGCUCAAGCGCGUGAUUCAAAAGGCAAUCCUUCAGAUUGGAGAAGAAGAAGAUAUGAGCAUCAAUGGAUAGCGGCACUAUCGCCUCUCCUGUCUCGAAUGAGCGAUGGAUUGAGGCGAGCGCGCGAGCGUGUCAAUUUUCUUUUUUUUAUUUUAAACAAAUAAAUAGUUAAGUAAAUACCGGCAAAUCUAACAGAUUGACUUAGCCCCAAAAUAAGAGACUUCUGUUAUGAUAUACUGACUGGACAAUUAAAUUUGAUAAAAAUCUAAGAACAAAGUAAAUCUGAAAAAAGAUUAUUUUUCGUAUAGACCUGAGAGAUUGAACUCGGGACCUUCGCGCAUCUAUUUUUUUGUUGUGUUUCAGGCAAAAUGUUUACUCAACCAACACAGUGUAGUUAGGUGAGAAAAAAAAGUUCGUGAUUAAGUCUAUUUUCCUUAUAAAAUGUAAUAAAAAACAGUUUAUAAGAAAAUAAAGGGUAGGGUCAUUAUGUUAGAUUGGGUAAAAUGAGUGAUUUAAACGUAGCAAAUCUAAAUACCUAUUUUAAGGAACAUAUAUGCAUAUUAAGGUAAAUGUGAUAUAUAAUAAUUACUUAAGGUAAGUUCUCAAAUACUUUGAAAAAUAAGUAUGUAGUAAUAUUGUCUUAGAGAAAAAGUCUUAGAGUAACGUCUUUGUCUUAGAGUAAAUGUAUUUUUUUUUGUUCUUGCACACUACAUAGGUACUAACUAAAGUCAUUGGAAUAAAGUUGAUUUUAGCACUUA